AUGGUGGAAGUCGGUUACAAGUAUCGGUUCUUCGGCCAAGAUGCCAAAAUUGCUGCGAGGGUUUUGGGGAUUUAUUCCCAUAUGGAUCACAAUUUCUUGAAUGCUUAUGUGCCCACUUUCUGGUUGAAUGUCCACGUUAGGAGGCUAGUGAGCGCUAGGUACAAGGUCGGCGUGGAGAGGUCUGUGGGGAAUGGGGGAGAAGAAAUCGAAGGAAGAGGGCACUGGGUUUGGGUCUCAUGA